AUGCUGCAAGGACAGUGCAUGGACUGGGAUGAGUUGCCAGCAGAAAACGAUGAAGGAUGCGUUGAGUACAAGUGGCGCCUCGGCCCGGAGCACAGCCACAGGCGGGUUGAUCGACUCGCGACACAAAUGAAAUUUCGGCUGGCAGAGGGCAGCGGCAGAGCCUUCUACUUGCUGGGUGUCCGUGACUCCGGCUUCGCCGAGGGCCUGUCAGCCAGAGAGCACUCGGAAGCGGUAAGUGUACUCAUGGCGGCUGCUGGUGCAGCUGACUGCAUCCUGCUUCUGGAGGCCCUGGGCUGUUCCACAAGAUCGAAGAAGGGCAGGCGUUGCUCAGUGUGGCGGCUGGAGCAGAGGCACGCAGCAGUAAGGAAGCUGUCAAAACAGCUGCACCUAUGCGGGUCGCUUGCCGUUGCGCCCUCAAUUUCUCACUUUACUUCCUCUUCGACCUAUUUGCUCACAAGUCAAUUCGAGGACUCCCUGCCACAUGGAAGAUGUCGGAUGGAAGUCGAGGCACCGGUUUCCCAGGCUGGACCAAGGAAAUCGAAGACAUACAUGGAUGCCUUCAACUUACUAACCCGCACGGCUCUGCACAGCGUGCCGAGGACUUGUGCGAGCUGCUUGCCUUUCGGAGUGGCCAGAGGAUUGCCCCCAGUCAGAGGUCGUCACAUGCUUGCGACAUGUUCCGCAAGAGUGCUUGCUGGCGCAGGACACAAUGAGCUCCAAAUGUCGUGGCGAGGUAAUGGAAGGCAAGUCUCCCGCGUCGUCGCGCAAUGUUGUCGAUACAAAGUUUACUUUCACUCUAGGUGUGGGAGCCCUCAAACACUUGAUCUCAAAGCUGCAAACCAAACCAUGACUUGGGGGCCUCCAUGGUCUCCAGCUCUUUAUGUUGUCCUCCGAAGGUGCUCAUACGGGCCCCAACCUCCACCCAGUAAAAUUUCAUGA